ACACGCACACACACAAACAGAGAGGGAAGGGGGGAGGGUGAGAGAGAGGGAGAGAGAGAGAGAGGGGAGAGAGAGAGGCUCCCCGGCUCCCUCCCUCCCUCGCACACAGCGACUGGAGACGGACGGAGAGCAACGCGCUGGGAGAGGAGAGACCACCGAGAACAGCCCCGCGCUCUCACACAUACACUCACACUCGGCUCUUUCCUCUCCCCCCACCUCCUCCUCCUUCCACCCCCACCACUAACACCAUCUCCUCCUCCUUCUCUCUGCAACAAGAAAAAAAAAAGCCAUUUACAGGGGGUGAUGUGCAACUAAUUAAAGGCAGACUAGCAGCGUCUGCAAAUUCUAAGGCUCCCCAAAUAAAAAGAGACUGUUGUAACAGUUGGAGGAUAAUGCUAAGGAAGACGCUGCCUGGGAAUUCACCGUCUGUGGAAAUGCGCCCCAGAGAGGAAUAAAGCAGUCCUCACCUUGCUCUCCCCAUCCGGACCCACUUUCCCCUCCCGCCUCGGCCCCCACCCCGACACCACCAUCACCCCCUUCCCUCCCCCCCACCUCCCCCCCUUUCCCACCCAGGUGUCGGACCAGGCGGUCCCCACUUCCACCCUGCACCCCUUCUUCCCCCCCUGCACCAUGAACACCAAUGUCUGCGUGGAGCCCGGGCCGAGCCCGGAGGCCCCGGGCUUGCCCAAGGAAAGCCACCUGCCCGAGGGGGCCCUGAACAGCCUUGUGGAUUACAACUCGGAGAUGGAGCGCUACCGCUCCUUUGCCACCUCCUUCUACAAGACCAACGGGGGCGCCUUCCCGCAGGCGGCCAAGAUCGCGCGCAUCACCACCCCCAUCUUCCCCAGCAGCGCCGCCGCCGCCGCGGCCGCCGCGCGCAUCGGCAUGUCCCCCUGGAACUGCGACAACGCGGCCACCGCCGCCGCCGCCACCGCCAUGCUCUGGGGCAGCGGCGGGGGCGGGGGCGGCGGCGGGGGCGGCGGCGGCGGCGGGGGCGGCGGGGGCGGUGGCGGGGGCGGCGGGGGCGGCAGGAAAUCCUCCUCCGCCGCCGCCUCCUCCUCCGCCUCCUCCUCGGCAAUCCUCCCCGCCGGCGGUGGCGGUGGCGGCGGCGGCGGCGGCGGCGGCGGCGGUGGCGGCGGCGGCGGCGGCGGCAGCAGGACCAGCAUGCACCACCGAAACGACUCCCAGAGGCUGGGGAAAGCUGGCUGCCCGCCAGAGCCGUCGUUGCAAAUGGCAAAUACUAAUUUCCUCUCCACCUUAUCCCCUGAACACUGCAGACCUUUGGCGGGGGAAUGCAUGAACAAGCUCAAAUGCGGCGCUGCUGAAGCAGAGAUAAUGAAUCUCCCCGAGCGCGUGGGGACUUUUUCCGCUAUCCCGGCUUUAGGGGGCAUCUCAUUACCUCCAGGGGUCAUCGUCAUGACAGCCCUUCACUCCCCCGCAGCAGCCUCAGCAGCCGUCACAGACAGUGCGUUUCAAAUUGCCAAUCUGGCAGACUGCCCGCAGAAUCAUUCCUCCUCCUCCUCGUCCUCCUCAGGGGGAGCUAGCGGAGCCAACCCGGCCAAGAAGAAGAGGAAAAGGUGUGGGGUCUGCGUGCCCUGCAAGAGGCUCAUCAACUGUGGCGUCUGCAGCAGUUGCAGGAACCGCAAAACGGGACACCAGAUCUGCAAAUUUAGAAAAUGUGAAGAGCUAAAGAAAAAACCUGGCACUUCACUAGAGAGAACACCUGUUCCCAGCGCUGAAGCAUUCCGAUGGUUCUUUUAAAGCAGUAGUAUAUCUUAUUUUCAAGGCAUUUGGAAGUGAAGGGCAAACUAAUGUCUUGUUUUAAGAAACUGCUUAGUCCACCACUGAAGAAAAUAUCCAGAUAUUAUUUUCAUUUUAUGUAUAGGGGUUUCUUCAAAACAAAACAAAACAAAACAAAGGAAAAGAAAAAAAGACAUAUAAAAAUAAUCUGGGAGUUUGGGGAAUUGGCCAGUCUAUUUACUUUCAAUACACUGAUUCUUUCUUUGAUGUAAUUUAGCUAUACUAGUGAAGUUGUUGUCUAUUUUGGAAGUGGCUGUAAAAAAAUAAGUUUGGGUAAACCCCUGCUGUAAAAUCAUGUAUCUUUGCAAAGUACAUAUCUAUACUUCAUUUUCAAAUAUAUGUGUUUCAGUACUGUAAACUGUACAGAUAGCAGCUUGUAUUUUGUGUGUUUAGACACAAGGAGACAAUCAUGUCUGAGCAUCUAUGGAGAUUAACAGUUUGUACACAACAGUAUGGUUCUGCGAGUUAAAUCUGGAGCAAUAAAUUUUAGCUUUAACUAUUUUUUGCCAGUUGUUUCUAGAAGCAGCAACAGCAGUGGCAUGUUUUGCCAUGCAUCUUUCCGUAGAGACUUGAUGCCAAGUUUUACAAGACUAAAAGAUGAUGAUGCAUCCAGCAAUUACCUUCAGUUGUAUUGUUAUAAGAGGGGGAAGAUGUUAUGAAAGUUUCAAUUAAUCUUUUGAGCACUAUAUUAGAGUAGUGGUUAUGCACUUGCAUUGCUUACAAACGAGCUGUACAGAAGGGUAUACCUCCCAAAUACUUAGUGUAGUUGACUUGUCUUGGGUUGCACUGUAAGGCGGAGUACUCACAGUAGUUGGAACAUGCAGCAUCAGUUGUAUAACUUUUUUUUUUAAAUCAGUGUUUUCUAGGAUACAGAGAAAAGUAUCAUAUCUUAGGGGAGAAAUUCAUGAUUGAUUUUUUUUUUCUCAGCCCAGCGUGGGGUAUAUGUAUUUUUUGUUUGUUUAAAUUUUGCUCGCUCGCUCGCUCUCUCUCUCUCUCUCUUUCUUUUGGUAGGAAAAAGAAACUUUUGAUAAAAUGUAUCCAAAUGUUUUAAUUCCAUGUAUGAAAUGAAAUGGGUAGUUUGUUUUAAAACUUGACUACGUAAAGACCUCCUGCAUUGAGACAUGGCUAGGUAUAUUUUUAAGUUAAAAAAAUUAAACACAUUUAUAGAAGUGAGGCUUUUAAAUCUCUUUUUAUCUCCUUUUCUCAUAGCCUCCCAGUUGGACCACUGGCCUUCCCCUAGGCCCUCAGUGGAAUGUUCCAUUGCUCCUAUUCCCAUUUUUGUCACUUGAUGCUUUCAUUCCUGAGAAGGCAGGGCCACAUUCUGUGGAGUUCCAUAAAUGCAAACAGCCCCAAACACAAAGAAGCUAAUGUUUCAUAGGAUCUGUGCUACCUUUUCACGUAGGAUUUGGUUUUCUUAAGGCAGUCAAGGUUCCUAAGUCUGUCCCGGGAGGACAGAUACGUUGUGAUGACAUGAUACCUAGGGAGUUUAUUUCAUUUCUGUUUCUUGCCAGAUUAUAAAGUCUAUUCUCAUCUUUAGGAAUAAAAUAGAGUUUAGUGAAAAUACAUGGAGGAUGGAAGUUGCCAUGUUACUGUAACUUUUGUUCUUUAUCCACUAGCCACCUACUUCAGCCUAUAACAUCCACUAGCCUGCUGAAAAAUGUUAGCAAGAUGGAUCACACAGAGGAAAAUAACCUGAGAAGAGAAAGGGUGAUGAAAAGGACUGUAAAGUUUUAGAAAGACUAGCAGAUUAAUGAUUUUAAGAGGCUAGUUGUAGUUGUGAAUGGGAAAUAAUAUCACAGGAGAUUUUAAAAAACACAGAAGGAGCACUUCCUCAUCAGAGCAUGGGUGGGAGGGGUGGAGAAGGUACCUGCAAAUGCCAAUGUGAAAAACAAGUGACUAAACCUGCCUAGAAUAUGAACGCAAGGUCUCCACUUAUGGUUGAAUGGCCUUUUUAAGGAAAUUUUAUUAUAUAUUACACCUAUCCAUGUUUAAAGAAGAAAACUAAAUAAUCACAAACUAAAAUGUGCUUAAAAUGUAUGUUAAUUUUGAGAUAGCUUUCUGCUUGAUGUAUAUUCUUUGAGGGUUUCUAGUUAGAAUUUCUGUUUCUGCUGUGGGACCAAUGAGAACUAUAGGAGUUCUUUCUUGUCCACUUUUAUUUGAUUUUACUUACUUUUAAACCAAUUUGCUAAUUAAUUACAAGUAAGUGAAAACUUACUUCCACACUUGAAUGGUAAGUUUGCCUUGCUAUUUGGAAAACGACGAUUAUUACUAUAGGAUUGAAGCAAACGUCCGUUCGGGCUGUAUCAGGCAUACAAUAACGGAUAAAGAUCGCACAGCAAUGUACUGAGAGUCUAAAAUACAUGCUAGUAUUGCAUGUCUCGAUGUGUUUUUGUUUGUUUUCUUAAAGAACUAAUGAAUCUGUAUAUUGUAAAAUGUGGUGUUUUACAUGUCAAUUCAAUUUUUUAAUGAAAAAAUGUUGAUUAUGGAAAUGGAAAAGUGCAGCUUUUCUUUAAUUCUCUUACAUGUUUUUGUUCUCGAUAUUGUUCUUUUACGUCACCCAUUUUUUUAAUGAUUUUGGUAGAACUCUAUUUAUAUAAUGUAGGGUGCAUAUAAAGUUCUCGUUGGUGAUGUCGAAGAAAGAUGUUACUCUUCCAGCCUCCCUCUGGUUCUCUUCCCUGUAAGUCCAUAUACUGAGAACUUGUAAAGGAUGUCAUUAUAACCCUAAGGGAAUUAUUUAAAGGUUUACAUUUUUCAUGAUUCUAGAACACCCAAUGACAUGUAACUUUUGAAAAUUCCUUGCUGUAUGUUUCAUAUUCAGUACCAAGAAAAUUCAGAACAUGGCAAUCAGAAUAUAGAUCAUGGCGGACUAUACAACUUAAAAAUUACAUAUUGGAUAAGUCCAAUUUAAAAGUUUGUAAGAGAGAUCUACAUACACAGAUGUCUUACCUUCCCUACGAAGUAAGGAGAUAAGAAGACGUACAUACCGUAAGCAUUUGGGGAGAGCUGGAAAAUACGUAGGAUGUUGGUACAUAGUACAGUGAAGUGUUUCCUUGUCAGCUGUCACUCGGCACCCUAAACAUCCCAAGAGCAUCAUCAUGCAAACUUCCCUCUUUCCAGGCCUUCAGACCAAAGUGGCUUUCUGAUGGAUUUUGCCUGUCUGUUCCCAAGUGGAGGAAUAUUUACAAAUCAGAAAUGUGUCCAUCUUUAGGAGAGAAAACAGUGAUAGUCUUCCUCCAGUGUAAUAGUAUUUAAGAGCAUCUCGUGGUUGUUUAAUCCCCAGUAGCCAACUUCCUUCUAUACACAUUCACAGGGAACAAGACAUGAUGGGCUUCCUAUGAAUUCCUAUUAAGCAAUCACUACAGAAAGGAAUACUCCCUUCCUUUCAUUUAGAACCCCUGGCAUGUAAGUUGUACAAUUAAUACUAAAGCUUACAAAGUCUUUAGGCCGAUAGUAUCUGUAAUCAAAUAAUGAACAAGGGAAAGCAGUUAAAUGAACACACUAUUCAGGGUCAAAUAUGUUCAGCAAAAAGCCGUGGUGGGUCUUUGAUCAUGGUUAGAUUCACAGUGAUAUCAAACAGUUGGUUCUCAUGUAACAGCUAAAUGUUUCACAUUUUGUUUUUAUUAAAUUUGGCAGUUUCACACUGAGAUCUGUAUUCCUAGUGAAUAAAAGACAGCUACUAUGUUCGGAGGGAUUCCAUUUUCACAAUGGCAAGGAAGUCUGAGAUUUCAGGAACGUGGGCCACAAAAUGUACUCCUUUCAGUGUUCCCCUCUUCUGAACUGUGCAGUCAUCUAUUAAAUUUUCUAAUAGAUAUUUGUGUAAGGUGUAUGUAUGCUUGUGCAAUUAUAAAAAAAAAGCAGUUUUGGAAAACAGUGUAUUUAUUAAAGAAAAUUACUUAUGGGGCAUGUACAAAACUGUAAAAAAAAAAAAAAAAAAAGCUACAAAAAAAAAAACACAUUCGAUUUGCCCAGUAAAGUUGUUUUUGUGAAAUUUCUGUGUUGUUGAAUAAAGGACUUUAGUAUUCAAAAUAUCUCUAUUUUUCCAUGAACAAAUUUUUAUUUGUGGGAAUUUAAGUAAUGGACAUGUGAUCCUGAUAAUCUAAUUUUGUUUAUGAUAAAACAAAAGUGUAUAAUUCUACACUUACCCUUAUGUCAGCAGAAUGAAUACUGUAUAUAAAUCUUUCAUAAAAUACG